GUGCGCGUGUCGCCCAUCUGCCUCGCGGCAAUGAGCAUCGCGACAAGUGGGGAAGGUCAUCGGGAGCUACAUGGACAAGGACAUGAGCUUCGCUCUCCUCGACACCUUCUACGGCGCCGGGGCAACUUCAUCGACACCGCGAACAACUACCAGGACGAGAGCUCGGAGGAGUUCAUCGGCGAGUGGAUGGAGGCGCGCGGCAUACGCGACCAGAUCGUCCUCGCGACCAAGGUGCGUUGGGGUCGCGCCAUUCGUUAUCAGCUGAUGGACGCGCGUCACAGUACACGUCCAACUUCAAGAGGGGCAAGACGACGUUGUGCAGAAGAUCAAUACAUCGGCAACAACAGGAAGUCGAUGCAUCUCUCCGUGAAUGCUUCGCUCAAGAAGCUCCGCACGAGCUACGUCGACAUCCUUUACGUC